AAGUUAAAACUUCCGGGUAUUUGUUGUGCUUCCGGUAAGGUCAAGAACCCUCCACAAGCAAAGAUGAACGCACCACCAGCAUUCGAAUCGUUUUUGUUGUACGAUGGAGAAAAGAAGAUUACGAUCGUGAAGGACACCAAGGUGCCGAACGCGUGUCUGUUCACCCUCAACAAAGAGGACCACACGCUGGGCAACAUCAUCCGACAACAGCUGUUGAAGGACCCGCAGGUUCUAUUUGCGGGUUACAAGGUUCCGCACCCUCUAGAACACAAGAUCGUGAUCCGGGUCCAGACCACUCCAGAUUACAGCCCCCAGGAGGCGUUCACCAACGCCAUCACUGACCUCAUCAGCGAGCUCUCCCUAUUGGAGGAGAGAUUUAAGGUGGCCAUUCGUGAGAAGCAGGAGGGGAUUGAGUAAAACAUUCACACACUCGCUCUCUCACACACACACACACACACACACACUCAAACCGACAUAGAUGAGGUUCUUGAGCCAACCCUCCCCUCCAGCGCAACUCCCGCCAUCCCUGUGUGUGUGUGUGUGUGUGUGUGUGUGGCUACAGGAACCAGGUUUCUAAAACCACCAUCAUGCACGGAAUGGAAAAUAAUGUAUUUUUCAACACCUGUAAAUAUGCUAUAUACCCAAGUUUGUUUUUUAUAUAAUAAAUAAAUAAAUGGACACUUGUU